AAGGAGUGAAAGUAACGUGAUUGUUAUAACAUUACGCGUUCACUAUUCAGCUGUACUAAGCACUUUAAUUACUUUGUUCUCCUACAAUCAUGGCUUUUUUCAAUCAUCAAGGGCCUGGUGGAAUACUCAAUCAACUCGCAGGAGGACUAGCCCAAGGCUUUGGCCCGUCUAUGGGUCGAGCACCUCCAAAAGCAUACAAUGAAUAUCUCAAAGCCUAUAGUGUUGCUAUGAUGCCUGGCAAAGAACGGGCCAAUGUUUCAUAUGGUGGCAAGAUUAUAAUGCCUCCUUCGUCGCUGGCUCGCUUAACGGCCUUGGAUCUCCAAUCGCCGUGGCAAUUCCAGCUACGCAAUCCAUCGAAUCCGGCUGCCGAAACGCAUGCAGGUGUUCUCGAGUUCAUCGCCGAAGAAGGCGUGGCCUACCUACCUUACUGGAUGAUGAGGACACUCAGACUCAAUGAAGGUGAUCCGAUUCGUAUAACUGGUGCUGAGUUGCCAAAGGGCAAGUUGGUCAAAUUGCAAGCACAAUCUGUACAUUUCUUGGAGAUUUCUGAUCACAAAGUAGUGCUCGAGAAUCAGUUGCGCAACUUUUCAACUUUGACCCAAGGUGAUAUCAUUGAAAUAUGUUACAACUCUAUCGUGUUUGGGCUCUUGGUCAUGGAGACUUCCCCCGGUGGAGGAGGUAUAGACAUCCUGGACACGGAUCUAUCGGUCGAUUUUGCAGCGCCUGUGGGUUACGUCGAACCGGAGAAGCCAAAAGCUGCCCCUCCGCCUACAAUGGCUUCAAAGUUCAAGAUCGAUAUCAACUCUGUCUCUCCCGGCUCCUCACGACCUGGAUCCUCCUUGAGCGGCGGCUUUGCGGGUUCCACUGCUGGACAAAAUGUUGUUUCCAAAGACGGUGACACCUGGGAGAGUUUCAAAGGAAAGGGUGAAACGCUCGCUGGGCGUAAAACCAAAGGGAAGGGGAUAAGUCAUCGUAAAGUGGAGCAGGUGGCGGAAAGUAGCAAGAUUAUUCGAACCGAUAAUCGCCGGAUUGUCUCGAACGACACGCUUGAAGAUAACAGCAAGGUCCCUGCUGCUCUCAAUUUACCAUUCGGACAACUAUUCUUUGGUUACAAUAUAACACCUUAUGUACCACCUGCGACUGACGACACUCCCACGUCACCGACUGUAACCCAGGGAUCCGUCGCAUUCUCGGGCUCUGGACGUUCUCUAAACGGUCGCUCGACAGGAUCUCAACCUUCAACUUCUGCUAAGGGAAAGGCAAAGGCAUCUGAUGAAUCUUCGCCACAGUCUUCUGCUUCUUGGGCUGGCGCUGGACGGACAUUGGGCAGUAGUGCACCGAGAGAAUCAGGAUCUGUUGGUGCCGGCGGAGCACCGGUACCCCGUCCCCAGCAGAGAAAUUCUGAAGGACAGAAAGGAAAGAAGAAGCAGCGUAGUCCGUCCCCAGAAAUUGACUGGGGUGUGGAUGAUGAUGAUGAUGUUAUGAUAAUAGACAGUGACUAGUGUGCUCGAGUCCUUCCUAUGGAUGAACCUUUUCAAGACUGCUUGUAUAUAUGUCAAGUAGAUAGCCAGAAUACGUGACGCUGCUCUGAAUUG